UACAUCCGGUCCAUGAGAGGGAUAGGUUAGACAUGAGGAACAUAUUGACAGGAAAAAAAAAUUAAGGCAACUGGUCACACCACUGAUGAUACUUCCACAUAUUAAAUACUGCAUGAAUGGGAAUUGCAUGUAAAGGAAGUUUGCACAGUGGAGAAUGCUGGUCUGAAUGGCCCAAGGGAUCUCUUCUGGCCCUGUUUACUUGAGUUAGUGAUCCCCUUCUAUAUGUGACUGUGCAAUGGAUUUUUCCAUUUCACUGAAGAAAACAGCUUGUGGUGCAGUAGAGCAAUCUCAGUAACACCAGUCAGUUUCAUGUUAAUGGGGACUAGUACUCAUUACAGCUGCUGUCUUUUGUCCUGAAAUUUCUGCUUGAUUGUGCUCUUUCAUUAACUGAGAUGCUUGGGUGUUUUGUUUCUCUAGUAAUCCACUGUAGAUGUUCCAGAUGCUUUUCUUUCCCUUCAAAGCGAAGGAUAAGAAAACGGCCUCGAGUUCUGACAUUGCUGAGUCUCCCUGAAGCUGCUCUCUCCAUUCGAGCUGUGCAUUCACAUCUUAAGUACCUUGUAGAUAAUCAUGCUAGUGUUUGGGCAUGUGCAAGUUUUCAAGAAAUAUGGCCUUCUCCAAACAAUCUGAAGAUGUUUGAAAGGGCCGCUGAAAGGGGUAACUUUGAAGCUGCGGUGAAGCUGAGCGUAGCAUACCUGUACAACGAAGGCUUGUCCAUCUCCGAUGAGGGUCGCGCAGAAGUGAAUGGGUUAAAGGCAUCUCAUUUCUUCAGCCUGACAGAACGUCUGAAUGUCUGCGCAGCCCCGUUUAUCUGGCUCUUUAUUCGUCCCCCGUGGUCUGUGAGUGGAAGCUGUUGUAAAGCUGUGGUCUACGAGAGCCUCAAAGCAGAGUGUCAGUUGCAGAAAGCCCAGAAAGGAUCUAUUCUGCACUGCUUGGCUAAGGUUUUAAGUCUCUUUGAGGAUGAAGAAAAAAGGAAAGAAGCCCUUGAAAUGUUUGAAGAGUCUUCAAAGCAGGGUUGCUUAAACAGCUCCUACCUCCUCUGGGAAAGCAACAGAAGAGCUGCUAUGUCCGAUCCUGGUAGAUAUCUUCAGAGCCUCAGGAAACUAAGGGACUAUGCAGCAAAGGGUUGCUGGGAAGCCCAGGUAUCUUUAGCCAAAGUCUGUGGGAAUGGAAACCAGCUAGGAUUAGAAGCAAAAGCCUCCAAUGAGUUGGUGUCUCAGCUCUUCCAGGCCUCCCUCCCAGUCAGAAAGCAAAGCAUCUUCACUGUGCAGAAGGGAAUGAACGAAACAAUGAGGUACAUCCUGAUCGACUGGCUGGUAGAAGUGGCCACCAUGAAGGAUUUCUCCAGUCUCUGUCUUCAUAUGACAGUGGGGUGUGUUGAUCGGUACCUGAAGUUGAGACCUGUAUCCCGGGCCAGGCUCCAGCUUUUGGGAAUCGCAUGCAUGGUCAUUUGUACACGUUUCAUUAGCAAAGAGAUCUUGACAAUACGGGAAGCUGUGUGGCUAACGGACAACACAUACAAAUAUGAAGAUCUAGUCCGGAUGAUGGGGGAGAUCAUCUCUGCCCUGGAAGGCAAGAUAAGGAUACCUACUAUUGUGGAUUACAAAGAAGUGCUGCUGAACAUAGUGCCCUUGGAGAGAAGAACUCUUCACCUGUACAGCUUUAUCUGCGAGCUCUCGCUAUUGAACACCGGUCUCUGCGUAUAUUCCCCUGCCCAUCUGGCUGCUGCAGCACUGCUACUGGCUAAGAUACUGCACCGGCAAGCACAUCCUUGGACCAGCCAGCUGUCCGAAUGCACUGGAUUCUCUCUUGAAGACCUGAUACCCGGUGUGCUGAGCCUAUACCAAAAAUGUUUCCAUGAUGAUGUCCCAAAGGAUUAUAGGCAGGUGGUGUUGACGGCUGUGAGACAACGAUUUGAAGAUGAGCGCUAUGAAGAAAUUGGCAGGGAGAAGGUGAUGAGUCACAACCAGCUGUGUUCAUUGUUAGGUGUGAAACAGGAGGACCCAGAGCCAAGUCCCUUACACACAAGUCCCGAGGAAAUUCAGACUUUCCUUAGCUCUCCCUCUGGAAAGAGAACUAAAAGGAGGAGGGAAGACAGCAUUCAGGAAGACAGGGGCAGCUUCGUGACUACACCCACAGCUGAGCUAUCUACGCAGGAGGAGAGCCUUCUGGACAACUUCCUGGACUGGAGCUUGGACACCUGCUCUGGUUAUGAAGGAGAUCAGGAAAGCGAAGGGGAGAGAGAAGGAGAUGUGACCGCUGCCAGUGGAGUCCUGGACGUAACUGUGGUCUACCUGGAUCCAGCUGAGCACUGCUGUCAGGAUUCCAGUGAUGAAGACAGCCUUGCUUCAGAACAGCCGGGCCAAGAUAGACCAGCACGGGUUGCAUCUCUGCAGUCAGAUGCAGAUAAACAGUGGCUCGCUGCUCCUGGCCAGAAAGAACCCCCACUAGAAGCCAGCUCCGGCUACUCCUCUGUCCACAGUGCCAGUCCUACUUCCUCGGUCGAUGGCAGCUUUGGAGCACCGCUCAAAACUACCUCAGCGCUGUCUCUAGGGAGUGCUGUGAACAAGGGCCCACCCCUGCCUCCCUACUUGAAAUCACAGUUACAGUCUGUCUGGCCCAGGGCUGCUAUUGGCAGGGCGGAGAGAAGGCAAGUCAAACGGAAAAACGUGGCUGAGCACAGUGAAGAGGAGAGAAUGAACUUGGGCUUCUUGAGCCUCUGAUUUCAUGCUGUUUGCUGUCUGUGCAGAUGGCUCUUGGAACCAGUAUUGUGGCGUAGUGUUGCAGGGAAGGUAGUGAAUAAAUCAGUCUCCCUAGCAGCCUCCUGCAAGGUGCCCAUACCCAUCCUGCUCUUCAAGCUCCAUUGCCUGCUCCUGAGGCUUAGUGCUGACCCAUCUUGGUUUUUGGCAGCUGCUUUUUAAAAUAUUCCCCACAGCCUUGAUCCUAUGCAAAUUGACACCUUCUCCUUCUCCACCCCAGUGCUGAGCAUGUGGAAAGAAAACCUAGAACCGCUGGGUGCUCCCUAAAGCCAUCUUGAUUGUACAGGGCACUGCCUAGUGGAAGCUGACUUCUGCAUGGGAAGAGGAAAGAAUAAAACUGCUGCUAUGACCUGUUCUUUCCCCAGCCACUCGUAAUGGAGGAGACACUCCGGCAGGACGCAGCCAUGUGGUGGAACUAUCCCUGCUGCAGCCUUCCCUUUGUUCCUUCUCUGGAGGCUCCCAGCUGCUGCCAGGUGUUGGCUUGCUCCCCACCAGUGCCCCUCCCACUCUCUGGACAUUAACUACACUGCCCUAGGGCAUGUUCUGGAGCCAAGCAAAGGGUGGUGAAAGUAAAAGGAGAUACUUGAGCUUUUAAACACCCCUUCUCUGGGGCAGACUCUGGGCUGCUGCUGUCCCUUAGUCCUACACUGUUGUAGCUCCAGUCAACUGAAUUACUUUACAUCAAUGUCAGUCAAGCCCUCCCUAGAGCUGCAUGUUUUUCCUCAAGUGAAGAACACCCCAUCUGUGCCCUACCACUCUCCUGCCUGGUGCCUUUUGUUACAGCACCACUGGAGCAGGCUGCAAGAACUUGGGCCCAGUGUCACUGUUAGGUGCUGUCUUUAUUGCACAACAGAUUUUCUUUGUGCUGCCAAUGGAGCCAAUGGGCAGGUUUGAAUUUCCUUUGAACACUAGAUCAGAGGCAGUAAUGUGACAAGAACAAAGAAACCUGCAUGAAGCCUUAUCCUAGCCACUCCCCAUGGCAUCCCAGACAGCAAGGGGGAGCUGGUGCUUUCUCCACACUACUGGACAAAGGAUUCCACAUCUCAUGCAAGCUGUAUGAGAAGAGCAAAAGCCCCAGGAAUCUGAGGGCCUCGAGGCUAUUGGACCCAACAAGUGAGUUGCUCCAAGAGGGACAGCGGCGCUAGUGCAGGGUUGGGAGAUGCCAUGGUACAAGACUUCUGGCAGCUGCAUGUCCUGCUCCAGACUGGAUAACACUGGACCUGUGCUCUCUGCUUACCUUCCUGGGAUUAGAAAGGGUGGUGGCAGAGAUGAUGCCCAUUCACAGUGUAGCGACUUUUGUAUAAAACAGCCCUUUUGUACUUGU